GAUAUUUCGCCCAUCUGCCAGUCGACGGAUACAUCUCCCAAUUCCUCAAGGGCUCACAGUCGAGCAAUCAAAAAACAAGGAGGUGUGCAUGAUGUUACCUCGACUGCCACGCCGAACUGUAUCUGCAGGAAGCUUGGCCAUUGUCGAAGGAAAGGGAUUGUUUUCUUUUAGACCCGGAGCCAAGUUGCCUCGGGUAUUUUCUACUUCGAUACGCCAAGUACCCAGACAGGAGAAAUCAAAAUUUACCAUAUGGGCCAGGAGAUUGGCUAUUUUAGGCGCUGGAGGAGGUGUGGUUUAUAUCUACGACAAGGAGGUAAACGCAAGUGCUCUGACCAGGAGUUUGAGGACUGGCUAUAUCGGUAUUUUGUGUACAUUAGAUUAUAAAAUCAAUUUUGCCCCAUCCAAAGCAGAUGAGAUAGAAGCACUUCAUACACGGGUGGCUAAUCGUUUAAGAUGGGUCAUUGAUAUUAACCAAGGGCUUUAUCUGAAACUUGGUCAAGCACUUGGAUUGCAGGCUGCCCUUCUUCCCAAACCUUAUCGAGAAGCCUUCGGUCAUGUUUUCGAUCGAGCGCCCGCAGUGUCGUAUGACGAGGUCGUAGGAGUAUUCAUAAAAGAUCUGGGUGUCAAACCCGAAGAUAUCUUUCAAGAAUUCUCUAGGGAUCCCUUCGCGUCAGCAUCAGUGGCUCAAGUUCAUAAAGCAAUACUGAAACCCGGGGUGGGAGAUGAGAGACCAGGAAAGAUAGUGGCGGUUAAGGUGCAGAAGCCAGCUAUCGAGAAGCAGAUGGAAUGGGAUCUGUUUAGUUACAGAUCGCUCAUGUGGUUGUCUGAGAAGCUGUUUGAUAUGCCCAUGUAUUUCGUGGCUAAAUACGUCUCCAAUCAGAUGCGUUUUGAAACUUCCUUUAUCCACGAAGCUUCCAAUGCUAGGCGAUGCGCCGAGUUUCUGGAACGUACUACAGAGCUCAGGGGCGAUGUAUACGUUCCUCGAGUAUACGGGAAAGAUGAGGGCUGCCAGGAAAGUGAUCGUGUGAUGAUUAUGGAGUGGAUCGACGGAUGUCGUUUGAACGAUAAGGAACAGCUUGAAAACUGGGGCCUCAAUCUUCGCGAAGUAAUGGAUUUAGCCAUAUCGACAAUGUCGGCUAUGACUUUUUCGUGGGGAUUCGUCCAUUGUGACCCCCAUCCAGGGAACAUCCUGGUGCGACCUCAUCCUACCAAAAAAGGGAAACCGCAAAUAGUCCUUAUAGACCAUGGACUAUACAUCGAGCUCCCCCAGCAGUUCCGCGAAGAUUACUGCAGAUUAUGGAGGUCCCUUUUCGUCAUUGAUAUCCCUACAAUAGAAAGCAUCGCGAAAAAAUGGGGUAUCGCUCUCGAUCCCAACUUGUUCGCUUCAGCUAUUCUUCUUCGACCUUUUCAAGUGCGCAAAGACAAGUCAAGACCCAAAAAUGAUCCGAAACCCACGGAGGAGGACAAGUAUCAACAACAGUUAGAACUGAAGCGAAGACUGAAAACAAUGUUAGAGAAUGAGCGAUUGAUACCGAGAGAGUUAAUCUUCUUAUCCCGCUGCCAGAGAAUGAUGCAGGCCAACAACCAGAUACUCGGCUCCCCUUCCUCGCGAAUCAAUCUCACCGCUAAAUGGGCAUCCAUAGGCUAUACUCGUUCUCUCACCAACUCUCGUUCGUUGCAUAAUGUCGGUUUGACAAUGUGGUUGCGCGAUAGAUGGGAUACGUUUGUCUUUAGGUUUACUUUGAGUAUCGUGAAUAUUGCGUUCUGGUUGACAACCUUGAGGCAGAAACUUAUCCCGCGAGAAAAAGGAAGCUGGGAAGAUAGAAUACAGGCGCAGUUCGAGGCAAUGGCAAAGGAAGAGUUUGGAAUAGAAAUUGACGAUCAAGUCUUCUUGGGCUAAGCACCUCUCACCACCUCAAUAACUAGAAAAGAGCAAACUAUUAAUUCUAAGGGCAGGACCAUGUUGUUGUCAAAUAUGUAUAUGAUGUAUGCAUGGAUGAAUCUA